CUUGCGCGCAACGCCGACAUCGCGACACCUCCGCUGCAGAAAACCCCAAUAAAAGUGACGGACAAAAAAAUACGCGUUUCUCCCCCUCGCCCCCUUGCGCAUGCACCUAGGUCUGCGCGUGCUUUGCGAGCUCUUGCUGGUGGUUGUCAGUCUUUGCGUGCCGGACCGGCGAGCCCUUGACGACAUGGCCAAGAAGCUGUCAAAAGCCAACGCGGCGGCGGCGCACUCCAGCGUCAACACGACGCACUCGGACUCAACCCAAACAUCCAACUUCUCCUCUUCGUCAUCCGUCAACAAGGCCGGCCUCUCGGCGCCAGGGCCGAGCUCGCUGCCGCCCGUCCUCACCGACGAGGAGCCCCUCCCCCGCCUCAUCGUUUUUGACCUCGACUACACACUCUGGCCGUUCUGGGUCGACACGCACGUCACUCCCCCGAUAAAGGCGGUGGCGCCCGCCGACAAGAGCCAGCACUGCAGCACCGUGACAGACAAGAUCGGCGACACGUACUCGUUCUAUUCCGACGUCCCGCGCAUGCUGUACACGCUGCCCAUGGCCGGCGUGAGGCUGGCGGUGGCGUCGCGCACGCACGCGCCCGACCUGGCCCGCGACGUGCUCAAGCAGCUGCAGAUCCCGCCCUACGCCGCCGCCGGCGGCCUGUCGACCCUGGCCAACAACCCCAACAUGCCCGCGACGCCGGCCGCGACGCAGAAGCAGCUGGCCAAGGAAAAGCCGCGCAGGGCCCUCGACAUCUUUGACGCCGGGCUCGAGAUCUACCCGUCCAGCAAGGUGCGGCAUUUUGACGCCAUACAAAAGCGCACCGGCAUCCCAUACAGCGAGAUGAUCUUCUUUGACGACGAGGCCCGCAACAAGGAUGUCGAGCAGGCGCUCGGCGUGCUGUUUUGUCACGUCAAGGACGGAAUGACAUGGGACGAGCUGGAGCUGGGCGUGAGAAGGUGGCGGAGGAGGAGACAGAACUGACGGGGGCACGUCAGGACCUUGGUAGAUUUGCGGUAAUGUGUUUCGUUUUUUUUUCUUCAUUUCAGAAAAUGAUUCCCACGAACAGAUGCUCAAGAGUUCACCAUGUCUUAAUCGACCGGUGUCAUGAGGUGCUCAUGCGUCAAUGUUGCAGAAUAAAAGAUGGUAUAUAAAGUGAACGCAAAUGCUAGACCAUAAGUAAAUGACAACAUGGAACAGUAGUCCAUGAAUAUGCGAUAUCAGC